AUGUCCUCCGAACUAGAUUUACGCAGACAAGAGAAUGCCGAUAAUUCUGAGCUUAUGCACGAAAACUUAAAACUAAAACAGAUCAUAGAAUACAAUGCCGAGUUUAAAACCAAAAUCAUGAGACUAGAACGAACCGUUGAUAAAAUUGAGAAACAGAAUCAAACUACAGAUAUGGAGCCACAACCCCAAGUUAAUCAUAAUGCAAAAACCGUUCCCUUAGGCAAUGAUAAAAGUCAUGUGAUUUUAACAGAGUUGCCUUCGUUGCAAACUGAAGUGUCUGAAUUAGAACAGGACGAUGAAAUUGAUAAAAACAAAAUCGUUGAACAAGGUUUAAUACAAGACAGCUCUAUCAAAAUUGGCAACUCUGGCGACAAAUCAGGGAACAUGUAUUUGGAGAUCUCGAAUAUUGUUUCCCUUGGAAAUUCUGCCCAACAUUUGUCUCAUUUAUUUAAAACAGCAAUCAAAUCAAGACAACAGGAAUCCUAA